UUGUUCUGUUUUGUUUUUUUGAGCGGGUUUCCCUAUGUAUCCUACACUGGCCUUGAUCUUGCAGCAGUCCUCCUGCCUUAGUCUCCAAGUACUGGGAUCACAAGUUUGUGUCUGUUUUUUUGUUGUCUGUUCUGUGAGGUUUGUGUGCUUGCAGGAGUUCCAGUUGCGGGUGCUGCGUGCUUGGGGGCAAAGGUGUUCAGUUUCCUGUUAGUGGCCUUUGCAGUUAACCUCCCACAAGUGUGCGCUUUGCUUUCUGCCUUGGAAUCAGUCCUAUUUAUUUCUUACUGGGAUUGCUUGGAUCUUUCAGUGUACUUCUUGUUUCCUAAACCAUCCAAACAUCUUUGGUCACAUUUUUAAAUGCCAUUGUUAGAAGGACUGUACCAAUCUUACUUUUUUUUUUGUCUUUUUCCUUUUUAUCGGUCCUGGGGAUUGAACUCAUGACUGCCUGCUUCCAAGGCAGGCGCUUAUGCCGCUGAGCUAAACCUCCAGCCCCGAUUGUACCAAUCUUGUAUCUGUGCAUUUCAGUAGUUUUUACUCCUAAACAUUUGGUGAGCUGGGUUUGUGCUCACUGCUCCUGGAAUUCACCCCAUGACCUCAUCCUGGAGGUUCCCUCCUUGCUUUCUCCUGAAGAAACUGGGGAUGUGAGAUGUUUAAGAAACUUGUACAGUGUCUUGGUGCUCAUUUUGCCAGCUGUUGGAAUGCAGUCAUACCUAGGAACCUGGCUGCUGUGAAACUCUUUGCAUUUGGUGCUCUGCACAGCUUAAGGUGUUUUUCUGGCGAUGAGCAUUUCUUUGACAUGCACAACAGCCAGAACUUAACAGUGUGGAUUGCCUCAUGACUGCCUACCUUUUCCUGCCAAAACUGUUUGGCCCUUGUCACCUUUUGGAGUCAAUUAACAAUGAGUACCAAGAAAUCACUCUACUGUUUCACAUAUUCUGUUUUAUAUAUAUAUGUCUUUGUUUUUUGCACUCAAGUUAUAAAUUUCAAGGUGAGGAUUGUUUGUCAGUUGGCCUGUUUAGUACAUUAUUCUUUUUCACAUAGUUUCUAUUGUUAAGAGCUGGGGAAAAAAACAAACCUGGAGCUUGGAGUCAGAAAGUCUUGGUAGUGGCACCCCAUUAAUUCCAGGAACUUCGGAGGCUGAAGCAGCAGGAUCACAAAUUUAAGAUCAGCUUGGGCAAUUAAAUUUAGUAAGAUCUUUAAAAUAAGAAAGGCUUAGGGAUAUAUAAUUCAGUGGUAGAACUCUUGCCUGGCUUAAGUGAGGCUCUAAGUUCAAUUUUCAUAGUAUUAAAAGAAAAAAGAAAAAAUUAAGUCCCAAACUCUGGUUCUUCCUGCUAUCAUCCUACGGGCAAAUUAAUUUUGCCCCAUCUGAGAACUUCACAUAUGCUAAGCAAGUGCUGUGUCCCUGAGUUAUAUCCUUGGUCCUUUAUUUGAAAACAUGUCUCACUGAAUUACCCAGGCUGGGCUCCUCAACUUUCUUCCUUCUUCAGUUUCCCUAUACCUGGGAUUAUAGGUAUGGUAUGUGUUUCCAUUCCAUACCAUACUGAACUGCAUCCCCAGUGGCCUCCCAUCCCCUCCCCCCUUUUUUUUUAAUUUGAGAAAGGGUCUAAGUUACCCAGGCUGGACUCAAACUUGGGAUCCUGUGCCUCAACUUCCCAGAGUGCUGGAAUUACAGGGAAGAUGGUGAGUUGGAAGAAGGUGAACUGGAAGAUGAUGGGGCAGAGGAGACCCAGGACACCCCAGGAGGGCAAGAGAGAAGUCGGAAAGAAAAGGGGGAGAAACACCAUAGCGACUCAGAUGAGGAGAAAUCUCACAGGAGGCUGAAGCGGAAACGGAAGAAAGAACGGGAGAAGGAGAAGAGGAGGUCAAAGAAGAGGAGGAAAUCCAAGCACAAACGCCAUGCUUCUUCCAGUGAUGACUUCUCAGACUUCUCAGAUGAGUCAGAUUUCAGCCCGAAUGAGAAGGGGCACCGCAAGUACCGGGAGUAUAGCCCCCCAUACGUGCCGUCCCACCAGCAGUACCCCCCAUCACAUACCUCAUCCCUUCCCAAGAAGUCCUACUCCAAGAUGGACAGCAAGGGCUACAGCAUGUACGAAGACUAUGAGAAUGAGCAGUAUGGAGAAUAUGAGGGGGACGAGGAAGAAGACAUGGGCAAGGAUGACUACGAUGACUUCACCAAAGAGCUGAACCAGUAUCGCCGCUCCAAGGAGGGCAGCAGCCGAGGCCGAGGCAGCCGAGGUCGCGGCAGGGGUUACAGAGGCCGAGGAAGCCGCGGGGGAUCUCGAGGCCGGGGCAUGGGCAGGGGCAGCCGAGGCCGGGGUAGAGGCUCCGUGGGAGGAGAGCACCCGGACGAUGAGGAGGACUUCUACGAGGAGGACAUGGAGCUGCAGUAUGGAGAAGGUGAGGAGCCCAUGGGGGACGACGAUUAUGAUGAAUACUCCAAGGAGCUGAACCAGUACCGCCGGUCCAAGGAUGGCCGAGGCCGAGGGUUAAGUCGAGGCCGGGGCCGGGGCUCCCGGGGUCGAGGGAAAGGGAUGGGCCGGGGCCGAGGCCGAGGCAGCAGCCGCGGAGGAAUGAACAAGGGUGGAAUGAAUGAUGAUGAAGACUUCUAUGACGAUGACAUGGGCGAUGGCGGUGGAGGCAACUACCGGAGGGGUGACCAUGACAAACCCCACCAGCAGUCUGACAAGAAGGGCAAAGUCAUCUGCAAGUACUUCGUGGAAGGGCGAUGCACGUGGGGAGACCACUGUAACUUUAGCCAUGACAUUGAACUGCCAAAGAAGCGAGAGCUCUGCAAGUUCUACAUCACGGGGUUCUGUGCCCGAGCCGAGAACUGCCCCUACAUGCAUGGUGACUUUCCCUGUAAGCUGUACCACACAACAGGGAACUGCAUCAAUGGGGAUGACUGCAUGUUUUCCCAUGACCCUCUGACCGAGGAAACGCGAGAGCUCCUAGAUAAGAUGUUGGCUGAUGAUGCAGAAGCAGGUGCCGAAGAUGAGAAGGAAGUUGAGGAACUGAAGAAGCAGGGGAUCAAUCCCCUGCCCAAACCACCACCCGGUGUGGGCCUCCUGCCCACCCCACCUCGGCCUCCUGGGCCCCAGGCCCCCACCUCUCCCAACGGCAGACCUAUUCAGGGCGGCCCUCCGCCCCCUCCUCCGCCCCCACCCCCUCCUGCUGGGCCCCCUCAGAUGUCCAUGCCAGUGCACGAGCCACUGUCUCCACAGCAGCUACAGCAGCAGCAGGACAUGUAUAACAAGAAGAUCCCCUCCCUGUUUGAGAUCGUCGUGCGGCCCACAGGACAGCUGGCUGAGAAGCUAGGUGUGAGGUUCCCUGGACCUGGUGGACCCCCAGGGCCAAUGGGUCCUGGGCCAAACAUGGGACCCCCAGGGCCAAUGGGGGGCCCCAUGCACCCCGACAUGCAUCCAGACAUGCACCCAGAAAUGCACCCUGAUAUGCAUCCGGACAUGCACCCCGAUAUGCCGAUGGGCCCUGGCAUGAACCCUGGCCCGCCUGUGGGUCCUGGCGGUCCCCCCAUGAUGCCAUAUGGUCCUGGAGACUCCCCACAUUCUGGAAUGAUGCCCCCCAUCCCGCCAGCCCAGAACUUCUAUGAAAACUUCUACCAGCAGCAGGAGGGCAUAGAGAUGGAGCCAGGCCUCAUCGGGGAUGCAGAGGACUACGGGCACUACGAAGAGCUGCCGGGGCAGCCUGGGGAGCCCCUCUUCCCCGAGCACCCUCUGGAGCCAGACAGCUUCUCUGAGGGAGGGCCCCCAGGCCGGCCGAAGCCGGGUACCGGUGUCCCCGACUUCCUGCCCUCAACCCAGAGGGCCCUGUACCUGAGGAUCCAGCAGAAGCAGCAGGAGGAGGAGGAGAGAGCGAGGAGGCUGGCUGAGAGCAGCAAGCAGGACCGGGAGAAUGAGGAAGGUGAUACCGGAAACUGGUACUCAAGUGAUGAGGACGAAGGUGGGAGCAGUGUCACCUCCAUCCUGAAGACACUGAGGCAGCAGACAUCCAGCCGACCCCCUGCGUCAGUUGGGGAGCUAAGCAGCAGUGGACUGGGGGACCCCCGCCUCCAGAAAGUACACACCACUGGAGGCCGACUGGCUGACCCCCGCCUCAGCAGGGACCCCAGACUCUCCCGCCAUGCUGAGGCUUCUGGCGGCUCGGGCCCUGGAGACACUGUGCCUUCUGACCCCCGGCUGGCUCGCUCCCUGCCUGCCUCGAAGGUUGAGGGGAGCCUUCAUUCCAGUCCCGCUGGCCCCAGCAGCUCCAAGAGCUCUGGGGCUCCCCCUCAGGAGGAGGAGGAAGGCGAGCGGGCCCUGCGGGAGAAGGCUGUGAACAUUCCCCUGGACCCCUUGCCCGGGCACCCGCUGCGGGACCCAAGGUCGCAACUGCAGCAGUUCAGUCAUAUCAAGAAGGACGUGACCCUGAGCAAGCCCAGCUUUGCCCGUACUGUACUGUGGAACCCCGAAGAUCUGAUCCCUCUGCCCGUCCCCAAGCAGGACAUGGUGCCCCCUGUACCUGCUGCCCUGCAGUCCAUGCCUGCCUUGGACCCCAGGCUACACCGUACCAACCCCACAGGGCCCCCCGGAGCCCGCCAGCGCCCGGGCACCUCUGCAGACCCCAGCACCUCUGGCUCUAACCUACCCGACUUUGAACUACUCUCUCGCAUCCUCAAGACUGUUAACGUUACCGGCCCCUCUGCAGCCCCCAGCCCGAGUGACAAGCCCAGCGACCCCAGGGUGCGGAAGGCCCCUACUGACCCUCGACUGCAGAAACCAGCAGACUCAGUGGGCUCCUCACGUGCCACCAAGCCCAGCCCACCUGAGGAGUCCUCUCCAGCCUCCAGCCCCGGCGGGGGGUCUUCCCCACCAGCCACAGCACCCUACGACCCCAGGGUGCUGGCAGCUGGUGGGCUGGGUCAGGGCAGCGGCAGCGGGCAGAGCAGUGUGCUGAGUGGCAUCAGCCUCUAUGACCCGAGGACUCCUAAUGCGGGUGGCAAAGCCGGGGAGCCUGCUGCUGACACGGGUGCCCAGCCUAAGGGGCCUGAGGGCAACGGCAAGAGCUCGGCCUCCAAGUCCAAGGAGCCCCCUUUUGUCCGCAAGUCCGCAUUAGAGCAGCCAGAAGCGGGGAAAGCAGGUGCAGAUGGGACUUCUGCCUCAGCCACGGACAGGUACAACAGCUACAACCGGCCCCGGCCCAAGGCCACUGCGGCCUCAACGGCAGCCACAGUCACUGCGCCUGCAGAGGGUGCUGCACCCCAGCCCGGAGUGCACAACCUGCCUGUGCCUGCGCUCUUCGGGACUGCGAAGCCAGUGCCCAAGACAGGCUCAGGAAGCCCAUUCGCUGGCAACAGUCCAGCCCGCGAGGGCGAGCAGGACGCAGGGUCCCUGAAAGACGUUUUUAAAGGCUUUGAUCCCACCGCCUCCCCCUUCUGCCAGUAGUGUUACCCAGGGCCAGUGCUCCUGCCACCCCACCUCGUCCAGGGUGAUAUUUAAGGGCAGCAGUCAGAGCUGGGAUGGGGGGAGUUGGGGAGGGACUGGGCGUGCUUUCUUUUCUUUUUUCUCCUCUUUCUCCUUGUUUUUUUGUUUUUCCUCAAGUAGUAUUCUUUUGAGACAUAAACUGUACAUAACCAUCUUGGGUGGGUUCUGUCCGUGCUGCAGGGCCUCCCCCCAGGACAAAGGGAACUCGCGUGCCUGAGGAGGCACGGAGGGUCAGUCACUCCACUGCGGGCGAGGAGGGACUGAGCCCAAGCUCACGGGGCUGCAAGGAGUCCAUGCCCACAGCUUCAGCCUCGGAGAGCAGAAAGGGACUGAGCAGCCAGCUGGGAACCCUCCAGGGGCCUCCUCUGCCCAGCCCGGCCCCCAGUACCUCCCCAGUUCAGACUGCACAGCAGCCUGGGUGCGGUGGUAGCCCUGAAGAGCUGCCUGGCAGCAAGUGUUCUGUCAGUAUUACCCGUCCUGCCCCGCAUGCCAGGGUCCGCUCUGGCCCCGAAAAGCCACAGCACCCUGUGCGCCUGUACUGCCGGCCUCUGCCCUGGUGACAGCUCAAGGAUCCGUGGCCGGCCCACCCACAGGCUCCCGGCGGGAGCCCGGGCAGCCCCAGCACAGUGUUGGCACGCUCUGCUUUCUUUGCUCCUUAAACUGUGGUGUCUAAAAGAGAUGAGGCACUGGUGUGCAGGCUUCUUCUCCCAGGCCAGCGGAUGCCAUGGUUCAGAGUAUCAUGCACUUCUCGGAAGGGGGAUAGGGUAGGAGACUCGAGCUGGAGCAGGCAGAGGGGCCAGGAUCCCUGGGGACAGAGAGGACUGAACCGGGACAGAGUAGAGAUGUUCAGUGGCCUCUUUCCCCCUAAUCCUGCCACCCCGCCUGAGGACUGGCCUUGUCCAGGGGCCCUGUGUCUUCUCACAGUGGGACCUGGCCACCCAGCUGAGGGUCCCCCUCCUGUCCCAUGGUAGCAGCCCCAUAAGGCUCCUGGGCCACUCCCCCCCCCCCCCCCCGGAGAAGUAAUAGCUCACCAGUUUGGGGCCAGGAGCCAGGGUGGGAGUGGCCAGACUGAGUACACGGUGGGGCUGAGGUGGGGUGCUGGCCAGCCUCCGCCUUUUGUGUUGUUUUCCAAAGCAAUCAUCCGUGAGAUUUGUCUUCAGCCACCAGAACCGGCCAUGGGCAGGGCCCAGACGAGUGAGGUGAGGAAAGGGCACAGUGUGGCAGUAUUUUGGGUUUGGCUUCCCCCCACCUCUGAGAAAGUAAAUGCUUUUUUAAAACCGAAAUCUGUGGAUGAAAUAGAAGCCAAAAUGCUCCUCGGAACAUUCAGCUUCAAACCUCAUGGGACUAUGAAUUCAUCCGGAAUUCCCUUUUGCCAUCAGGCUGAGCUUUUAAUGAAAAAUUGUUCGCUAACCAGGAUUGUAACAAAAGUGUAAAUACUAUUUCAGAGUUGAAAGUCGAUGGUGCAAAUAUGUAUAUAAUGUACUGUAUUUUUACAAUGAUCGUCGCAUGACUACCCCCCCCCCCUUUUGUACUCCAUAUCUGUCUUCCAGAAACCUCUCCUGCCUUUUCUCCUAUGUCUCUUAAACUGAUAAUUGUAUUACUGCCAUUAAAGGAUGCAGUUAUUUUAA